AGGGGAGGUGCGAUGAUCGACUCCCCAUUACUGGAGCUGUGGUGGUCCAAGACUGUGUCCCUCAGGGAGGGGCUGGGCCUUGGAGACAAGCCCAAUGACUCCUACUGUUACAACUCAGCCAGAAACAGCACUGUGCUCCAGGGGGUCACCUUCGGCGGCAUCCCCACUGUCCUGCUCCUAGAUGUCUGCUGCUUCCUGUUGUUAAUCUCGGUAUUUUCCAUCAUAAGAAGAAGAUUCUGGGAUUAUGGCCGCAUUGCCCUGGUGUCAGAAGCAGACAGACCCCGGAUGGCUACUCCUCCAAGCACACGUGAAAGCAAACUGCUUCAGGUGUGCGGCCUCCUUUCAAUGGGGAAGAGGCUCAUACGCUGGCUUGUUUCCAGAUGUGUCUUCCUCCCGGACCAGGGGGCCUUCUUUGUGAACUAUGUGAUCGCCUCAGCCUUCAUCGGCAAUGGCAUGGAGCUGCUGCGGCUGCCAGGCCUCAUCCUCUACACCUUCCGCAUGGUCAUGGCCAGGACAGCUGCUGACCGCAGGAACAUCAAGCAGAACCAGGCCUACCAGUAUGAGUUUGGAGCCAUGUACGCCUGGAUGCUGUGCAUCUUCACUGUCAUCAUGGCCUAUAGCAUCACCUGCCCCGUUAUCACACCCUUCGGCCUCAUCUACAUCCUGCUCAAGCACAUGGUGGACCGGCACAAUCUCUACUUCGUCUUUCUGCCGGCAAAGUUGGAGAAGAGGUUGCAUUUCGCUGCUGUGAAUCAGGCCUUGGCUGCACCCAUCCUCUGCCUGUUCUGGCUCUUCUUCUUCUCCUUCCUGCGCCUAGGUUUGCAGGCCCCUGCCACCCUGUUCACCCUCCUGGCCGUGGUGCUCACCAUCCUGAUCUGCCUGGCCUAUACCUGCUUUGGCUACUUCCAGCAUCUCAGCCUUCUGUACUACAAGACCUCAGAAUCUGCAAGACAGGAAGGAAGCGAGGCAGAAGCCCAGGAGCCUCCACCGCUCACACCCUAUGUGCCCCAGAUCCUGAGUGGUCUGGCCUCGGAGAGGACAGCCCUGACCCUGCAGCACCAGCAGACCUAUGGCACCAUCAGUGAUGUCAGUGGGAACCUUCUGGACCAGGACACUGCCUGUAGCCUAGAGGACAGUGCGAUUUCCUCUACCACUGUGGCAGGCCACCUGGAAAGGCACUCUCUGCAGAGCAGAGCUGGCUCCAUCCCACAGAGGGACUGGCCCACCAGUGGGCCCAUGGUGGAAGUGGGCCCCCCACCAGCCCCCACCUCCAGUUCUAUUGCUGGAACAGUCCCCAGAGUCUGUAGCCAAGAUUAUGUGUUGGAAGUUGUCUCCCAGAUUGGCCCUGACAAUGAUGUUCACCAUGAGAAGCAAUGUGACAAGGAAAAGACCAAGUGUCCACCCACAGCCCCACAGCAAGGGUCAACACCAACCCAGUCACAAUCCUGUGACCAUUAA